UCUUCCGUGUCACUUCCUUGUCACUUCCUUGUUCUUGUGUGGAAAGCGAGAAGCUUCACGGAAGGGACAAGUCCGGAAUAGCGAGGCUGCUCAGCGAACGAGCCGAGCUAACGUUACAUGUCGGAAGAACACUUGUGACUCCUGGUUGACGGACGGUGUGGAGCCAUGGCUGACAGCCGGGAAGAGAGAAACGGAGGAGAGCAGGAGCCCCAGGGCGCCGUGGGUGGAGAAGAUGUCAUCGAUGAUCCCAUCCUGGAGCAAGGAGCAGUGGUCCUCAGAGGGUAUGUGAUUGAGCGUAUAAACACAGAGGACCCUGCUCGACACGUCAGCUCUGAGGACCUCGGAGGAAGGCCGGACGAGCACCAGGAUCCGCAGGUCAAAGAGGUGGUGGAACAACUGCUCAAGAUUGCAGAUGAUUUGAACAGAAACGCUGAGUUCCAACGACUGAUCAGCCAGGUUCAGGGUAACUGCGCUCAGGACAUCUUCAUGCAGGUGGCCAGGAGCAUCUUUGCUGACGGCAUCAACUGGGGUCGAGUGGUGGCGCUCUUCCACCUGGCCUACAGACUCAUACACAAGGCACUGACCACCAACCAUCUAGAGAACAUCAGGAGGGUCAUCGGCUGGGUCCUUCAGGUCAUCAGAGAGCAGCUCUACUCUUGGCUCAUACAGCAGGGAGGCUGGGAGGGGGUGAUCGGUGGCUUUUCUCGGUGGAGGACUCUCGCCACAGUAGCAUCAGUAGCAUUGGUGGUAGCCAUUGUUUACUACAGGAAGACACGCUGAGACCAUCACACCUCACGGCUUUCCAAUCAGGGUUGCAGCCCCACCUCUGCGGUAAACGCAGCUUGUUAAUAAAGACGGUUUCUGGACAUUAAUUACAAUUAUUCCUCAACCUCCAUCUCGGUAACCAGAGGGGGUCUAGUACUGUAAUUACAGGCGGGAAAACCUCCUCUCCUCUCAGGAUUUCAAGAACACAAAAGUGCAUUAACAUCCGGCUCUGCUCCGGUCGUCUCCGUCACCUUCACCAGCAAUGAUUCAGUGCCUUCCAUGAAAUUACAAGAGCAGCUGUAGUACACCUGUAGCCGCCAUGUUGGAGGUUCUCAGCUCUUUUCAACACAAGAACAGUGGUCCUCUGACAGAACAAAGGACCUAAUCCUACUUAGACCAGAUCUCAGGUCCAUUCUUAAUGGUCUUCAUCAGUUCUUGGGUCUGAGGAGAAUUGAGCGGGAAGUCCCCGGAGGGGACGUGAAAACACCUGAUUACACCAACAACAUCUGCUGCAUCUGAAUUCAGCCAAUCAAACUUCCACAAAUGAGUGACUUGAAUGUACUGUAGUUUCACCUUGUCAUCUUGUGCCUCACAUUUUGUCAAUGUUGUUUUUUUGGCUGAGAGGCAGCCAUGUUUGCUCCUGAGUGAACCAGGCCUGUGUCUCUUUUGUACAUGGUUUAACUGCCUGCUGAGAGCUGGGUAAAGUAACACUGGCCAGCAGUCUGCAUCACCUGGAAGCAAACUCCUGUGAACCACUCCUCCAGUUGUUUUGUUUUGUUUGUUCUUUCAGUGGACCAGGCCCUCUCAGCUUCAGGUAGAUAGUCGAGACAGUCGCAGGUCCUUCAGGUGUCCAUUUUUCAAACUUCCACAGAAUUUAAAAGAGUUGCAAAGUGGGAGGAUGCUCUGGUUUCUGAAGUAGAUGAAUGGAAACAGGUACGUCCUGGCUAAUGCAACAAUACAAUAAGUUUAUAUUAUAGUCAACAGUUUGAAUUAUUUGUGCUUCAUUUGUAAAAAAAAAAAACAUGAAUUUCCAUCACCUGGUGGACGAUCCUCGGUCACCACGGCUACGCAAAACGAGGCAAAGAGAUGUAGCACAUUCAGUCAACUGUUUUCCCAGCAGACAUUUUAAGCUUGAAUAGCACCACAUAAACGAUGGCUGUGUUUAGUCCUGUCAGCUCCAGGGCUCUCGUGCUUUACCCCUCAGUGGAACAUUGUUAAUGUGGUUAGUUCCACCUGUGCUUCUUCUUGUGACAAGUCAGAUGUCUCCCGUGGAAAAUGACGAUUUCCAACAAAAUGCAACGUCGGAGUUUCUAAAUUUAUCUAGUGAAGUAACUUGAACUGGUUCUUGGAUCGUUAGAUUUCUACAAAGUGUCAUCUGAGGCUUCUGCUCGCAGCAGGAUUUCAGCUUUCAAAGCACACACUCCUGUACCUGUGAAUUUUUACUUUUUUAAAAAGACAUUUUCUAUACACUCAACAUAGUAGCCUCUUUUGUACUGACUUAACCAAAGACUUUCAUCUAAACAAUCUAACCUUUGUCUGUGCAGGAGGUGAAUGUGACUUAGUUCUUACUGACCGGAUACUGGAUGCAUCCUUCCACCUGGCAACUCUGCAGAUGUGCUGAAGCACUUCUGUUCUAGACGGUGACACUUUAGUCCUGGUGUUGAUUCUGUUUACAGAGAGUCACUCUAUCAGCUAACUAGCAUAGUAUAUGGGUGAGUCUCUCUAGAACUGUAGAGUCAUGUUAGCGUUCGAAGACAUGUUGAAGUGCUGACCUCUCUGUCUGUGAUCAUGUUCCUUCUGCGUGUGAAUGUCGUCGAAUGCAUGUGACAGAUGUUAAGCUUGUCAGACGACUGCAUAACAACCAUCAUCAUCAGUGAUCUGACUAAGUUAGACACUGACCCACCAUCAGAUGACUGUCACACAGUCAUCUCACCACAGCAACAGGUCACAUGAUUACAAUAAUAAAUAAUCAGAGGUAAAGGCUACAGAGCAAACUGCGAAAUUUAACCUGCCUGACACCUGCAGUCACAGUAACACUCCUCACUCACCCCACUAUGAACACUGAUUGAAUAAUGAUCUGUAUAAUAGUGUCUUUUGUCACAUGUGACCAGUGUUUUCAGAUGUGUUCACAUUGUAUCCUGAGCGGAAGUGGUCACCUGUGUCACUUUGGUCUGCAUAUGGAGACGGAGUGUAAAGUAGUACUACUCAUCCAACAUCAGUCUUCUCUUUUUCCAGCAGUUGCUUGUGCAGUAUUUCAACUUCGUUCUCACACCAGUGAGUUUUCAUGAUGAACAGAUACUGGUAGAUUUUUAAACUUAUGCAACUGUUGCCAAAAAAAGCUUAUUUAUGUGCUUUAGUUUUUACAUUUGUAAUAUUGUGUAUGAAACAGGAUCACACCUGAGGAGAGGGAACUUCUAGAGGCCAUUCUUUACAGUUGUGGGGAAACUGGUUUAUAAAUAAAGAGGUAAUUAUUUAAAUGAUUUUUUUUACUUGUAGCAGCGUGUUUGGGUCAGGUGGUCUGAUGGAAACUGGAUGAUUGUGGUGAUUUAAAUGGAAACGGUGAGUGCGGUUGUUAUCGAGCACCACAUAAGCUUGUGUCAAGUAUUUUUGCUACGGAACUGAUCGUGCACUUUGAAGAGAGAAAUCACACUAUUUAUCUGCUCUCCUAUGGUUUAAUGUAACAUGGUGACUAUUUUAAUGAUCUCAUUGGAGUUUUCUUAAUUUUGUGAAUAAAUUUCAGAUGUAUUAUA